GCACGAGUGGAAGGCGCCUCCUGAAGUAUUUGCGUUUAAUCAUUUUUGGAAGGACUCAUUCUCCUUCCUACUAACUUCAUGCUACCCUGUAUGUCUGUGCUCGUCUUGUGAAACCAGCUUCAGCUCUUGAUCAUACACUACUGAUUCUGUCAACGUGAUCAAUAAUGCUUUACUGCUCACGAAAAUGAGUAUUCAAAUGCGUCUCCUUGUGCAUACUCAUACUCCUAUAGAUUAAUAUUCCUAAAGAUUGAUAUUUAACAACAGUUCAUCAGUUUCAUCCACUUCUCAAUGGCACUGCAAUACAUGCGUUUGUAUCUUGCAAAUAAAUCAAUUCUUGAGUACCAGUCUCAACUCACCUGUCCAACACGAACGAAAGUUCAAACCAGCAUGAUUGCUUCACAGCACCCUCCUCGAGCAUCCCUCGUGCAUACAAGGCCGAACAUGAUCUCGCAUGUAUAUUAAGGUACACACGAUGUCAUAAAGCAUGUUUGCCAUAAUGUCGUAUUACCUGAAGCAAUGCAAAAUGGGCGCUUACUGACAAUACUCACC